AUGGCUACAGCGGCGAAGCUCCCAACAUACGGAUCUGACCUUUUUGAAUACACAAGUGGAAGAUUUCUAUUCAAUGAGCCAGCUCGUAUGCGAGAGCGACAAUCAUUAUUCUGUCCGAGCGAACUGAGUAACGCCAUUUGCCAUGCAUUGAACCGGGACCGGGCAGAUGUUGAAUCCGUCGACAAGUUUGCCGAAGGCGGCUUCAAUCGCAUCAUCCAAGCAACAUUCAAGGACGGCUUCAAAAUCCUAGCAAGAUUACCUUUCAACAUGGAAGCUCCUCUUCGUCACUCAGUGGCAAGCGAGGCCGCGACCUUGACGUUUCUCCGCGCUCAAGGACUGCCGGUUCCAAAGGUUUACGGCUACAGUCCUCUAUCCGACAAUCCCGUGAAGACCCCGUACAUAUUGCUCGAAAAGAUGGAGGGUCGAUCGCUCGGCGAUGAGUGGUUCUCGCUCCCAAACAAAACCCUUAUGAAGGUCAUGAAGCAACUCCUGGCCCUAGAGAAGAAAUUACUGGCAAUUCAGCUUCCCGCGUACGGAAGUUUGUACUUCGGUCAUGAUCUUCCCAGCGGAAAUCCUGGUAUCAGUCUUGGUCCAAGUCUGCAGGGCGAAGGCGAGCUUGUCGUCGGGCCCAGCGCAGCUUAUGCAUGGUGGUAUAGAGAACGAGCAGCACUCGAGGUGGAUCGCGGCCCAUGGACCGAUUUUCAGUCAUGUUUUGAAGCGGUGGCGAAGCGAGAAAUAGCCUUUUGCAAGCAGUACGGAAAGCCACGACAUGAUGUCGAGCCUUCAUUGCGCGAGCUACAGGGCUUCAAGCUGCAAGAACCUCAACGUCAUGCAAACUUGCUCAACGACUACCUGAAGAUUACGCCUGGGCUUUCGAUCAAUGACGAUCACAGAUUUGCGCGUCCAACUUUGCGCCAUCCCGAUUUUUCGCCGAGCAAUAUUUUGGUGAACGACGAGUACGACAUUGUUGGGAUUAUCGAUUGGCAGCAUACCGUCAUUUUACCGCUCGCGCUGUGCGCCGGUAUUCCCAAGCAUUACCAGAAUUGGGGCGAUCUGGUGUCUGAAACCUUGCAGCGACCCGAUACAAAAUUACCUGACAACUUUGAUACGCUCGAUGAGGAUGCGCAGAAUGAAGCACGGGAGACAAUGCGGAAACGACUGGUUCAUUUUUACUAUGGCGCUCUCACCCUCAAGCUCUCGGAAACCCAUUUUGACGCCUUGCGAGAUGAAAACGUCAUGCUUCGCGCCAAACUCUUCGAUCGCGCUUCCGCUCCCUGGGAGGGGAACUCGCUUGAACUGGAGCAUAUUCUGAUCGAGGUCGUGCGUCGCUGGCCGAUGGCCAUUGAUGAAGAGGACUCCACCGCACAGCACAACGACCAUAAUGCACCGGUUCAAUAUAAUGAUCAUCAGAUCGAUUCGUGUCUGAAGGCCAUAGCGCUCCAAGAAGAGAAAGAACAGGAACUGGAGGAGAUGCGAGAGGUCAUCGGAAUUGACAGUCAGGGCUGGGUGCCCAAUGACGAACGUCUGGAGCAGGCGAAGCAAGUGAGAGAUUUGAUCAAGCAGAAGCUUCUGGAGGAGUGCACAACGGAACAGGAGCGUAUCGCGAUUCGAGAUCACUUCUCCUUCGACGACCAUGCAGAAUGA